AUGCAAUCAAUUGACCGAGUUGUCUGCUCGUCCUCCGGGCCCAUCUUCGGCCAUCCUCCACCACAGCACCACCACCGCCUAGGUUCUCGCCUUUCUCUCCAUAAACGGCGUAGCGCAGAAGAAGACGCUGGAAUCAUAUCCGACCUGGACCUGGACCUAAACCUGGACAAUCUGGCCCUGGAUCACCACCAUCACCUAAACCACCCGUCCGACGACAACAACAACACCAUAGUACCCGAGACACUUCCGCCGGGUCUUGUCUGCUUCACUGCAGAAGUCAACGACUUCCGUCGCCCAACUACCACCAUCGCUGUCGCCGAUCCUGAGCCACCAUCGGCCACUCGUUCUCCGCCACCUCAAUACCCGGCGUCCGAGUCCUCUUCAGCCGGACGACCUCCGCCUUUCUCGUCGCUCUUUGCCAGUCCAUCAUCGGACCUCGAACUUGCCAAUUCAGCAUCCGUCUUUGAACCAUUCGACGGCAAAUACGCCGCCGUUUCCGUCACCGAUUUCGAUAAUAACGACGUUGUUGUCGACGACCAAAACGAUUUAAACGAAGUCGCAUCAUCGCAACCAUCUGCCGCCCCAGCCUACGCGCCGUCCGAUCCCUUUGUUGUACAUCCGUCAGAAGCAGUAGGAAGCAGUAGUAGCGCUUUCGUCGCCGCGCCUUCAUCAGCAUCGUCCCCAGGAUUUCAGUUCCAGGACGAAACCAAGGAGGAUACCAAGGGCGAGUCAUCUCGCAACAAGGAGGAAGAAGCAGAGCCGCCACCGGCAUAUUCGGAGGGAUCCAGUCCCCUCCUCUCUUUCACAUAUCUAAUGGCUGCCGCGGGAGGAGCGUCGAGUAUCAUUACUCAGGUCCAGCAGGGUGGACCGCCUAUUAAUACCCUUGGAGAUGUCGGCGCCGAUGAGACGAUUACUAUGGACCUGCGGGGAACGCGGUUCACACUAUCACGGGACGAGUUGCUAACGUUACCCGAGUUCGUCCUUUUGUCCCUCUUUCCCAAUGGACUCUUCCCCGAAGGACACAUGGGUGGCUUUGGCGAGGGUGAUGCCGUACAAGUUGACCCCAGUCUAUCCCCCGUAGACCCUUCCAACCCUCAAGACGGCAGUGACGGCAUAGUACCCCUUGACCCGACGUCUGGCACAAGAGGUGAUGACGGUUCUAAGCGUGCCGGCAUCAUUGUGCUGCGUGAGGACCUGGACUUCUAUGCCAUCCCCCCUAGCGCCGACAUUGGCCAGGCCGAGAUGAUGGAGAUCAAGCGUGCGGCUGCUCGGGCGCUGCUCAAGCAGGACGGCAUUUUCAGCGGGCUGAAGAAGAGUGAUGAGCCGGGCACGACCGAGGCGCAUCUGAUUGAGAUGUUGACUGCUGGCGGCUUCAACCACGACGACCGCUGGGGCCACCGUGCCGGUGAGCCCAACAAGGCCGUCAUCUGCUCCCUCGCCCUCGCCCGUCUGCGUUCCGAUAUUAAGGGCAACGAAAUGGGCAGCAAUGCCGUGGGCAUGGCCCAGAAGCUUUUGCUCUUCUGGCGCAAGCCUGCUCGCAGGUGCUGGUGGGAGGGCGUUGAGCUUGAGGGUGUCGAAGGCCUCGAGCCUGGCACGAAGCUCAAGGUGUGGAUCCGCAGGGCGGGAGUGGAUGGAGUCGGUGGACUCGACGGUGUUAAAGAGGAAGAGGAGCACGAGGAGUCAAUGGUGGAGCAUGUUGAGAUCAUCGAGGGUUUGGAAGAGCUUGUAGUUUCGGAGCAAGAAGAAUAA